AUUAACUCUAUUCAUAGACAAAUAAAACAUGUUUACUUGUCAAACUAAAAUAAAUGAGCUUUGAAAAUCCAUUGAUUUCUUCUAAUAUUUUCAAAACAAUUGGAUAAAGCAGUAUAGGACGUGAAUAAUACAAUUGUUAUUGAAUUUUAUUAUGAAAAUGGCAGGACUAGAGUCCAUGGUAGUUGAAGAGGUUAAGCCCGUAGAGAAACCGGUCGAUAGGGAGAAGACUUGUCCACUUCUGUUACGCGUGUUCUGUUCAACCGGCCGUCAUAAUUCACCCGGUGAUUAUGCAAGAGGUAAUGUGCCUCAGAAUGAACUACAGAUCUACACAUGGAUGGACGCUACACUGCGUGAACUGACAGGUCUAGUCAAAGAAGUGAAUCCAGAAACUAGACGUAAAGGAACAUAUUUUGACUUUGCAAUUGUGUAUCCAGACAUGAGAUCUCCUACAUAUAGGAUGAGAGAGAUUGGGGUCACUUGUUCAGGUCAGCGCGGAGGAGAUGACAACAAAACACUAAGUCAGGUUAAGUUCCAAAUAGGGAACUAUUUGGAUAUAUCAAUAACACCACCAAAUAGAAUGCCACCUCCUAUGAGACGUGCACAGCCGUAUAUGAAUAAUCGCCAAUAUUAAAGCUACUUUAGUUGUAAGUUAACAUUGUAAGAUAACACAAUAAAUGAAACUAAUUUUACAAGUC